AUGGCGAACGCCAACCUAACUCCGAUGCCUUUUGUCCGAAAAUUCGGAUCCGCCGCCAGUGCCACAACAACAUCGUCGACAGAUAGGAGUAGUCGAUCGGAGGAUGUCGGAGGAGAUUCAGGCAAAAAACCGUCCCUGGCUGCAUUGGCUCAAUCAGCAUUCCCAUCUAGAUACGAUCCAAAUGCAUUUGUUGAUAUAUCCGGUGCCACAAUAGCCGCUCCAACGAUAACAGGCGCGUGUAAACGAUGCGGAUAUCCGGGACACUUGUACUUCCAGUGUCGGAAUCACAUCGAAGUCCGUCCGAAUCAAUCGACGAAAGCGUACGAAGUGAGUUCGACGUCAUCUGAAUCCAGCGACGAAGAGGAUACUCCACUGAUCGCUUUGGAAAAAGAACGGAAACGAGCGAAGAAAUUGAAGAAAAAGGAGAGAAGAGAGAAGAAAAAGGCGAAGAAAAUGGAGAAGAAGGAGAAGAAAGAACGGAAAAGAAGUCGCAAGGAUUCAGAUGAUUCUGAUUCGGAUUCUGAGGAAGAGCGAAAGAAGAAGAAGAGGAGUAAGAAGAGUAAGAAGGAGAAGAAGAAGCGACGUCAUUCGGAUUCUGACGACUCGGAUUCUGAUGAUGGAGAUCGGCAUCGUGACUCGAAACGCCGUCGUAGAGACUGA